CAUGCCGCGGGCCCGCCCCGCCGCUGGUUGCCGCGGUGACGGGAGGACGCUGUUGCGGAGCGGGGAGCCGCGGACGCUCCGCCAUGGCGCAGCCCGACGAGCCGCGGCCCACGGUCGUUCCCUGCCGCCCGCUGCCCGCCAGGAUCUGCGAUGUGGUCCGCAGCGACAGGCCGCGCUCCUGCUGCGGCAUGGCCAUGGCCGGCUACCGCACCGCCAAGUACCAGCUGCCCGAGUGGCACCGCCGCAACGCGGGCGUCUACUGCAGCGCGACCGCGGCCAGCGAGGAGGCGGAGCGCGGCCGCGCCGAGGCCAAGCACCUGACCAAGUAUGCGGCCGCCAGCGCGCAGCGAGCCCAGGAAUACUCCAAAAGCACCCUGGGCCAGCGGCUGGGCGACGUCCACUUCUGGAGGAUGGAGCUGCAGAAGGAGAUCAUGGAGCUGGACGCCGAGACCAACCUGCUGGCGGCCCAGAAGCUGCGGCUGGAGCGGGCGCUCGAUGCCACCGAGGUGCCCUACGCGGUUGUCAUCGAUAACCUGGAGUGCCGGGAGCGGCGGCAGCCGCCCGACCUGGUGAUCGAUGAGGUGGAGAGGCAGCUGCUGCAGGAAGCAGAUCUUAUCCGGGAUAUUCGGGAUCUUCUGAAAAGAACCAUCAUCCAAGCUACCACUCAGAUCAGAUCCAACCGGAUCCAGAAGGAGAACUGCGAGCUGGACUGGUCGGAUAAGGUGGAGACGUAUCACAUCGACGAGAAGUGCAUCAGCUACUGCCCCGACAGCACCAACAUCCAGUCCCACCCCAGCUCCCUCAAGUUCGAGGAGAACGCCUCCACGCCCAAAUCCUGGGCGGAAUUCAGCCACGACAGCAUUUCCAGAGCGGAGCAGGAGAAGCUGGCGUCGGUGCAGCUGCGCUCGCUCAUCAACAACAUCAUCCGCGACGCCUCCGAGGACCUGCGCAUGCAGCGAGCCGCGGCCAACCAGGCCUUCGACAGCCACUGCCGGCAGCUGGACGAGGCCAAGCUGCGCCUGGAGCAGCACCUGGAGCAGAUCCUGAAGGAUAUUGGGGAGGAGGAAGCCAACAUAGUGAACCUGAAAAAAGCCAUCAGGGACAAAGAAGCUUUCCUGAAAGUGGCUCAAACCAGGCUCUACGACAGAUCCUUCAGGCCCAACGUGGAGCUCUGCAGGGAUGAGCCCCAGUUCAGGUUGGUGAGCGAAGUGGAACAACUCACAGUAUUCCUGGAGGCCCUGAAGAGAAAACUGAUAGAAUCAGAGCAGAACCUGAAGAAUCUGGAGGAGACCAGGAUGAAGCUGGAGAAGGAAAUUGCUGUGAAAGCCAACAGCAUUUUUAUUGACAGGCAGAAGUGCAUGAGCAACCGAAUUCGCUACCCCGUGGACCUGGAAGUGGCGAGUUACAAACAGUGAUUUCUGUACUCAGCCUGGGGAAAAACACAAUUCCUUCUUUUCUAUUGAGCCAUUGGCAAGUGUGGGGAAAAAUCUGUGAGCUUUCAUAUGGAAUAAAUUGAGAAAUUAUACAUUUAAGUGUUGUGUUCACUCAGUUUUCUUCUACUGGGGUUAAAAUCCUUUUCCUUUCCUUUCCUUUCCUUUCCUUUCCUUUCCUUUCCUUUCCUUUCCUUUCCUUUCCUUUCCUUUCCUUUCCUUUCCUUUCCUUUCCUUUCCUUUCCUUUCCUUUCCUUUCCUUUCCUUUCCUUUCCUUUCCUUUCCUUUCCUUUCCUUUCCUUUCCUUUCCUUUCCUUUCCUUUCCUUUCCUUUCCUUUCCUUUCCUUUCCUUUCCUUUCCUUUCCUUUCCUUUCCUUCUCCCAUAAAACUCAUAAAAACAAAGUUUAAACCAUCUUAAAAACAAUUUAUUCCAUCUGCAAUCUCUCCAUAGCAUGUAUGCCUAUUCUGGGGGAUUCUAUCCUAAUAAUUUAUAGGAGUGAGUAUUUAUUAAGAAUAAUAAGAAAUAGGAGUGAAUAUUUAUUAGGAAUAAUCACAAUAUCCAGGUGGAAAUAAAAUAUUUAUAGCUUGAAAUGAGAACAAUAAAACUGGGGAUCGCCCUC